AUGAAUGCUAAUUGUGCAUGUAUUACAUAUCUCAUUGAACACGGACGUGUGGCUGAAGGUAAAGUUGUUGAUAAAUUUAUAACGACUAAUUUUCAAGACUGCCUCCAACAUUGCUCAAAACAUAAAGAUUGCACUGCCGUUAAUUUCUUGAUAGAUGUACAAGAUGAAUCUAUAUGUUUGCUUAUUGAUCAAAAAAUAAAUGGGAUUGAAUCAGAAUUGCCUGUUCCAGAAAUUAUAAUUUACAGUGCAACAUCUUUCUGCAUCACACAAAACUUGAUCUCUCAUUGUAAUAAUAACAAAAUAUGGUCAUUUGAACGAUUUCCAAGAAAAAAUCUCAUUGAUGACCAAUUUGUUGUAAAUGCUGAGCGUAAUAUAUCACUUCAACAAUGUUUGCAUAAUUGCUUAAAAAGGGAGCAAUGCAGAGCUUCUUUAUAUAAUAAGGAAUUUGCGCAUUGUCGUUAUUUAAAUGUUUCCAUCCAAAAUGUUCACAAUAUACGAAAAUUUUUCAAGCAUAGUAAAAAUGUGGAUUUAUAUGAAAAUAAUUAUUUUACAGAAAAUUAUUUGAAUCUUGCCCAAUGUCAUUUCAUUCGAAUGCAGUCAUCUGGUUUCACAAAUGUAUUUGAUGAACGUAUUGCUCACGUCGAAGAUAAAGAUCAAUGUGAAAGUUUAUGUCUUUCAUGGAGUAGUGGUAAUUGUCGUUCAUUCACAUAUCAUCAAAAAACACAGUUAUGUUAUUUAAGUCAUUCUUCAUCACGGACAUUGAACAAAAAUCUCGCAGAAAAUUAUGAUCCUAAUUUGUUCACUGGUGAUCUCGAAGAUUGUAUACAAUUUAAAUUAAUGUGCAAACCAGAUCGUAUGCAUUUAUAUGGUAUGUCAGUCAAAAUGUUCUCUGGCAUACUUAGUACAAAAAAUAAUAAAAAAGUCUAUUGUGAAAAAAAAUUUCUUAAUGUCUACAAAUUUGAUGCUGAGAUAUUGUAUGAUGAAUGCGGAAUGAAGAAAAGUCUUUCUCCUCACUUGACCUUUUCAAAUUUGAUUAUGUUGAAAGAAGGCAGUACAGAACUAAUUACUGUCAGAGAUAAAAUAUUGAAAGUUGUUUGUCAUAUACACAAGGAUUUGGAAUUUAUUCCAGAAAAUCAGUAUUUAUCAUUUCAAUUUCAAAUAGACGAUGAAAAUACAACAAAGCAAAUGUUGUUUAUUUACCUCAUUUUUAAAUUGUUUAAUAAUCUAAAACUUGUCUGUUUUAAAUUUGCUUUAACAAAAAAUAUGAGAAUAGCAUCAGAAUUAAAAAAUUAUGCAAUGAAACCAAAAUAUACUCUGGAAGUAAUGGAUGAUAACAGAAAAUCUAUUGAACAAGUAAGGACUGGUGAUAAAGGCUUUAUACUGAUAACAUUACAUGAGAAGCCAGUGACAUUCUCGAUAAUUGAUAUGAUCGCGCGAGAUGUUAAAACUGGUACAACUUUAACUAUGAUCGAUUCUAAUGGUUGUAUUGUUCGAGAUGAAUUACUCACCGGCAUUCAUUGGAUUGAUAAAAACCAUUUACAGUUGGCUAUUGUAUUUGAUGGUUUUUCAGAUGAUGCUGAAAUCAUUUAUGAAGCAUAUGUAAAACAAUGUGGCGAAUUUUGUCAUCUUAAAAGUUGCGAAGGAUUGAAUGUCAACAGCAAUCAACAAGCCAUACAUACGAAUAAAUUAUGGAAAAGGCAUUCUCUUGUCACGCUAUCUCAGUCGAGAGUGUUUCAACUUUCUGAUGAUAUAUACGCUGUGAAAUCAUCGCAUAAGCUUAAACUUGAACGAAAAUUUCAAGAAUCAAUAUUUGAAAAUAAUGAUCUUAGUAAAGAAGCGAUUGUACUGGUACCUCAGGCAGUGAUACACAACAAUGGAAAUCGACAAAAAUUGUCAGCAAUAGAAAAUCAGUUGACGUGUGAUGCCGAAGAACUAAAGUGUUUAAUCAUUUUUGUUCUUUUCUGUUUUCAAAUCUUUCUACUAGCUGUUAUUGUUUUUAUCGCAUUUGCUAUUCUUCAGCGUUGUUUACAACAACGAACGCAUUUUUCCGAUGGAAUACAAUUGAUGCAAAAUACCGAAAAUAGCAAAGAUACGUUGGAACAGUCAUCAAGUUGA